AUGGGCAUGUUCAGCAGCGACAAAGAGAAGACGGCUGGCGACGUGUCGCCUUCGCAGUCUGGAGGGCCAACGGACUUCGCCGAGGGACUUUCAGCAGACAAUGCAGAUCAGUUGCAGCGACAUCUACGAAACCGACAGAUUCAGCUCAUCGCUAUCGGAGGUUCGAUCGGAACUGCUCUGUUCGUGAGCAUCGGAACGGGACUGUACCAUGGAGGUGCUGCAAACUUGCUCCUCGCCUUUACGAUCCAGUCAUGCGUACUCGCCAUGGUCAACAACAGUGUCGCCGAAAUGACUACUGCAUACCCUGUCUCUGGUGGCUUCAUUCGACAUGCGGGUGAAUGGGUAGACGAUGCGCUCGGCUUCAUGGUCGGCUGGAACUUCUUCUUUUACGAGGCCUUGCUGAUCCCCUUCGAAAUUUCUGCAUUCUGCCUUGUGGCUACAUUCUGGUCGCCAACCGUCGCCGAGUCUGGUCCCAUUGCUGGGAUGAUCAUUGGUAUCAUAAUAUGCUACGCUGCGAUCAACAUUCUCGCUGUCGGCGCGUUUGGUGAAGCCGAGUUCUGGCUUUCGGGUGGAAAAGUCAUUCUGAUCUUCUCGCUGUUCUUCUUCACAUUCGUUACCAUGGUCGGCGGCAAUCCCCAAGGCGAUGCAUACGGCUUCCGGAACUGGACGAAUGGUGGCGCUUUCCGGGAAUACAUUACGACUGGCGAUCUUGGACGAUUCGAGGGAUUUCUUGGUGCACUCACCUCAGCAGUCUUCACUGUUGUCGGACCAGAGUACAUUUCGAUCGUGGCGGCCGAAGCUAUGCGACCUCGCAUCUACAUCAAGGCGGCCUUCAAGAUGGUGUAUCUGCGAUUCGGUAUCUUCUUCAUCGGCGGUGCCCUGGCAGUCGGUAUCGUGGCAAGCUCUCGCGAUCCGAUCUUGCAGGGAGUCGUGGAGAAUGGAGAUGGCAGCGGCUCUGCUGCGUCCUCGCCAUAUGUGAUUGCCAUGGUCAACUUGGGCAUCUCAGUCUUCCCGGAUAUUGUCAAUGCACUCAUCUUGACAUCCAUCUUUUCUGCUGGUAACACCUACACCUACUGUGCAGUCCGUAACUUGUACAGUCUGUCACUCGAAGGCAGAGCACCGAAGUUCCUCCGACACUGCACGCGCAAGGGUGUGCCGAUCUACUGCUUCUGUGUAGUCAUGAUCUUCCCCAUGCUCGCCUUCACAGCUGUGUCGAGCGGCUCGUCGGUCGCCAUCACAUGGUUUGCCAGUCUCGUUACUGGCGGAGGUCUCAUCAACUACAUCGUCAUGAGCAUAACCUACCUGAAAUUCUACUACGCCGCCAAAGCCCAAGGCCUCGACCGCAGCAAACUACCCUACACCGGCUGGUUCCAGCCCUACUGCGCCUGGUUCGCUUUGGUCUGGAUGUCCAUCGUCACAUGCAUCUAUGGCUACACCUGCUACCUCCCCUGGGACGUCAGCAGCUUCUUCUCCAACUACACCAUGCAGCUCUUCAUCCCACCUCUCUUCAUCUUCUGGAAGUUCUUCAAGAAGACGAAGUGGGUCUCGAGCGCCGAGGCUGAUCUCGUCUGGGAGAAGCCAAUUAUUGACGCAUACGAGGAGACCUUCCUGGACCCACCUGUCGGCUUCUGGACGGAGAUGGGAGAGCUUGUAGGCAUCAAGAAGAAGCACGCUACAGAGGCGAACAGGAGGAGUAGUGUGCAUGCCUCUGAUGUGGCGCAAGCGAGGAGGAAUGUGCAUGAGCAGUUCAAGUGA